AUGACCGCGAAACCCCUCAUCAACCUCCUUCGUGGCUGGCCAAACACGUCGCUGCUUCCGACCGCCCUCAUUAAACAGGCGGUAGACAAUGUCCUGACGCGGCCUGACGUCGCCACUCCGGGCCUGCUGUAUGGCCCUGACCCGGGAGACCCGGGAGCACGCAAAGCAAUUGCUGCUUGGCUGACGGACUUCUUUCGUCCGGGCGAACCGGUUACCGACGAGAGGAUUACAAUCACCGGGGGAGCGUCGCAGAACCUGGGCUGCAUCCUGCAGACCUUUACCGAUCCGAUCUACACCCGGAACAUAUGGAUCAGCUCGCCCGCCUACUUUUUGGCGUUCCGCAUCUUUGAGGACUCUGGCUUUUCCGGGAGAUUGCGUUCCGUGCCCGAGGACGAUGGUGGCAUCGACAUCGACUUCCUGCGACGUGAGAUAACAAAGAGCGAGGAGAAAGCGAGGAAAGAUGGAAACACACGGCCGACCGUCAAACCCGAGCGGCCCUGGAGCAAAAUCUACCCGCACGUCAUAUAUGUCGUCCCUUCUUUUGCAAACCCCUCGUCCGUCACGAUGCCACUGGAGCGACGGAAGGAGUUGGUGAAACUAGCCCGGGAAUACGAUGCCCUCGUCAUUUGCGACGACGUCUACGACUUUCUGCAAUGGCCCGCAGCAACUGACACCGACCAGCGGGGUUUAAACAAAGCGCUGCUGCCUAGACUGGUGGAUAUUGACCGUUUCCUGGACGACGGCGCCGAACGAGACGGCGCGGACGGGUUUGGUAACGUCGCUAGCAACGGCAGCUUCAGUAAAAUCCUCGGGCCCGGUCUUAGAGUAGGGUACCUGGAAGGGAGUGCAAAAUUUGCUUACGGGGUUUCGCAGACUGGUACCUCAAGGUCCGGCGGGGCUCCUUCGCAGCUUACUUCGACGUAUGUUGCGCAGCUUCUUGAAUCCGGCCGGCUACAGGAGCACAUUUACGGGACGCUGCAGCCUGCAUAUGCGGCGCGCUACCGUGCAAUCAUGCUGGCAAUCGAAAAGCACCUCGUCCCGCUGGGCGUCAAGCUGCCGCAGCCCGGCAGAGAAGUAGUCGGAGGGUAUUUCGUGUGGCUUACGCUUCCUUCACCGCUGAAGAGCGCCGACGUUGCGCGAUUGGCCCAAGAGAAAGAGAACUUGAUCGUUGCGGAAGGUCGUCUGUUCGAAGUUCCCGGUGACUCGGCUGAGGUGAAUUUUCCAUGUGACAUUCGGCUGUGCUUUAGCUGGGAAGAGGUGGACCGACUCGGCGAAGGCAUCGAACGACUGGCCCGGGUCAUCGGUCAGCUGCAAAUAGGCGAUGCGGAGAACCCAGGCGAAAUGUUACCCGAGACGGAAGGAGACCAAAGCGGGAAGCUGGGGCAGGGCGGCAGUGGAAAUUACUGGUGA